UGGUGCUGAGUGUGCUCAAACAUAGACGUUAAUUUAUCUCAGAUUCCAAGGGGACGUCCCCUGUGGAAUCCAACAAGACAGACAGUUUUAAGUGUCGAGGGAGUCAACUUGCCUGUCAGAGAGGCAUUGUGAUAGGGGAUAAGUUUGUGCAAGUUAUCUGGCGGAACAGUGAAACUUGAAAACUUGAACUAGGAACUGGGCCAUCACCACAGUUAAGGCUGGAUUUCCAUCCAAUGUCUAGCUGCCACUCCCAUGGAGGUUCAAGAAACCGUACCCCUCCCCUGUCUGCUCUUGGCCUGACUUAUCCACCUAGAGCUAGUGGGAUGGAGCAUGCCGUUCCCAGAAGGGACUCUCAGGAUGACUUCUCUCUAGACUCUGAGCAUCCUGGCCAUUGGGUAGCUUCAACUGACGCUGCUCAAGAAAGAAGCAUGCAGGUGGCUGCAGGAGGAGCACAGACUAUGUCAGGAGGGAUGCAGGAGGUUGGAGGAACACAAGCAGUUGGAGAAGGGAUGCAGGUGGUGGCAGGAGGAGGGACACAAGUAGUUGGAGGAGGAAUGCAGGUGGUGGCUGGAGGAGGGACACAAGAAGUUGGAGGAGGAACGCAGGUGGUGGCAGGAGGAGGGACACAAGUAGUUGGAGGAGGAAUGCAGGUGGUGGCAGGAGGAGGGACACAAGUAGUUGGAGGAGGAACACGGGUGUUGGCAGGAGGAACGCAGGUGGUGGCAGGAGGAGGGACGCAGGUGGUGGCAGGAGGAGGGACACAAGUAGUUGGAGGAGGAACACAGGUGUUGGCAGGAGGAACGCAGGUGGUGGCAGGAGGAGGGACGCAGGUGGUGGCAGGAGGAGGGACACAAGUAGUUGGAGGAGGAACGCAGGUGGUGGCAGGAGGAGGGACACAAGUGGUUGGCGGAGGAACGCAGGUGGUGGCAGGAGGAACGCAGGUGGUGGUAGGAGGGGAAGGGAUACAAGAGAUGAGACCUCUUGGUGUGAGAAGGGAGGGCAGUGGAGUUGUAGAAAGUGGAGGGGGACAAGCAGUAACAAUGAAUGUGCCUAACACAAGGAACACUUUGUCUUCAUUGAGACCAGAAAACCAUGUAUAUGCAGAGAUGCUAGAUGAGAAUGUGUUUUCCAGUUACCUCCCAGGACAGACUUCAAGGCCAGCAGCAGCCCCACAGCCGCUUAACAUGAAUAUCCCGCCCUCGUUGAGCCAGCCUCGUUGCCUCAACACAGAGGUCCCCGUGGCCAUAGCUGAGCAGCAGCCCUCCUUCCAGAGCUUUUUUCGUUCCAUGUUGGAGGGACCUCAGGCCAUGACUCCGGUCCGAAAUGUGCAGAACGGCGCGACUACAUUGCCCGCGCAGCGGGACUCCAGACCAUGGCCCUUUGACACUGGUGCUGUCCCAAGUCUUGGGCAUUUUAAUCAAAAUUCAUUGGCUGGUCAAGAUGUGUCCAAUGGCUACUUCAACCUUUCACCGGAAGUGUUGCAGCGGUCCUUUAGUUUGUUCCUACAGCAGGCACAAAUGUUGGCCGGACUUCAGCCCAGUCAGCCAAACCCUUUGGUGCCGAAUGCUUCAGUUCCAAAUGCUUCGGUGCCAAAUGCUUCAGUCCUAAAUGCCGGCGGACGAGUCCAGAACAGUGCAAGUCGGCUUAGCCACUCGUCUGGAGGCUCAAACUUUUGCAGCAUUGGACCUGAAACUUUUGUGAAAUCAUUACCAAUCAAGUUCAUCGGGUUCCUUGCCUCCCACCUGGACAUCACAGAACACACAGGCUGGCGACAGUUGCUAGAUCGGCGUGGCUGGAACUUCGAUCAGAUUUACAGAUUUGGUAAGCGCAGGCAUGAGAACGGGCCCUUUCACUCACUGUUGAAUGAGGCAGACUUUCAGCUGUACACAGUCAAAGACCUGGAAGAAGAUUUGCGAGUGCUUCCUCGUCUUGACGUGCUGAUGGACUUUCAGAGGAUGAAGGAGGAACACAACAUGUUCAUCUAAUGGCCAGUGAAAGAAGACAGAUAUGGAUAUGAUAAGGAACUCUUUCCAUAACCAACAGCCAAACGAGAAACCUUUUACUACAAACCUAACCAAUGCACAAGCUUCGACGGUGACCACUCAUUUGUGUAUGUGUGUGCGUUGGGUGUUUUUGUUUUCAGGUGUUUUUGACUCUUUCCACAGGCUGUACUUAAUUAUUUGAAUUGGUAUGGUCAUGUAACAAGAGUGUGUGGCCUAUCCAAGACCAUUCUUUGGGGAACUGUAUAGGGGAGGAGAAAGAGAGGAAGGCAAAAAGAGGUGGACCGACAACAUUGCGGAAUGGACAGGGAAAUCCUUCGCCUAAACUCAGGCGCUCGCAAAAAAGCGGGAAAAGUGGAGACAUCUGAGGAGGCUCUCUAUCACGUAGUGCCCCUACGAUCCUCGUGGAUUAUUACUUACUUACUACCCAUUACGCCAUCUGGCGUUUAGGGUAGCAACAAAGGAUCUCCA